AUAAAUUAAACAAGUACGCACAUUGUCAACGAGGCUAACACGUGCCGUGAAACUUUUCUAGCUACACUCCUACACGUGCCUCAUUCCUCUCUCCCUUAAGUAAACCCAUUCUGCCACCCAUGAAAGACGUUAACUCAUCCUCACUCUUCAUUCAACUACAGACUCUUCGUCUUCAUCCUUGAUUCCCUUUUGUAUCUCAACCCAAUUGGCAAGAACGUUCAUUUCAAUGGCUCCACCGCCAAGCACAGAUACACCGAAUUUUCACAUGCCUUCAGGGAGACCGCCGAGGCCCAAACCAUUUGUAUGCUUUUCUUUCGCAGCGUACGCGAAAACCCUCGUCGACCGACUCGUGUCCUUCAAUAUCCCUGUUUUACCAGGCCUUACGGACGAAGAGAUCGCCGCCAUUGAAGCUUCUUUCGAGUUCGCUUUCCCUCCCGAUCUCCGCUCAAUUCUCCAGGUGGGCCUCCCCGUGGGGCCCCACUUCCCCAAUUGGCGGUCGUCUUCUCCGCAGCAGAUUCGCAUCCUCCUCAGUCUUCCCGUCCUCAAUAUUUCCAAGAACAUAUCCCGCCACAGCUUCUGGUCUGAUUCUUGGGGGCCGAAACCCCGAAACGACGAUGGUGGUCUGUCGUUUGUUGAACCACUACUGCGAAACGCACCGGUUCUUGUCCCCAUUUACAGGAACUGUUACAUCCCUUCGACAACGCCGAAUUUAGCGGGGAACCCAGUGUUUUACGUCGACGGGGAGAGCGUUCGGGUCUUGAGCUUUGACGUCGCCGGGUUCUUUCAGCAGUUCGAGCUGUUCUUGGAGGCGGGCGGUGGUCUCGAGAGCUACGAGUUGAUCACUUUGAUCGGGAGUGAAUUCAAGAAGCCGGCUUGUGCGCCGGCUUGGGCGGCGAAAGCGGCGCGCCGAAUCGAUUUCUGGUCCGACACGGCGGAGAGGGGGAGGCGAAUUGUGGAGCGUGGGGACACGCGAGGAUGGUGGUGCAGCGAGGAGGGAUACCGUUUGGGGUUGAGCGCGUGUUUGGAGGAAGUGUUUUGGAGGCUGAGAGACGGAGGUUGGACUGAAGAGGAGGUGAGAGAGAUGAUGACGGUAAUGGACGGCUGUGAUCGGGAGGGUAGAGAUAGUGCGGUAUGCCAGCUCGUAGGUGAUAAUCUUAUUACGGAGGAGGACUUGACGUGGCACGUAAGAGUUCUGUCUCUGGUGUUAUUACGUGCGGGGUGGACCAAAGAAGAUGUGGUGUACUCUCUUGAUCUUGAUGAUGAAAUCGACGGUGAUGAGAGCGCUGGUUUAGAGUUCCAUCACCAAAACUUAAGCAGCAGAUGUUCAACCCGGGAGGAUGAUCAUCACCAUGAAAAAAGCAGCAUCAAGCCGUUGAUGCACCUGCUUUCUCUUGAGACAUGAAUCGCACCGUUGGAUCUAAUAAGAGUUUCUUACCGUAUUUUCCGCGAGUACAGAUUGACAUUCAAUUAAUUAUUUGUAAAUGCAAAUUUUUUUCCGGGGGGCUUAAUAAGGAUAGAUAUGGGUAUAAUCAUCUAGAGCUAAAUUCUAAUAUGAGGCAAGAUCAUGGCCGUGUAUCUAGAUUCUUGGCUUUAUACAGCUAGUGAUCAUAUGAUAAUCUGGUCUAACAAUUUAGUAUACCAAAUUGACGGUCCUGAUUAAUGCUCA